UACAUAUUUCAGCUCAACCUGAGAACCAAUAAUAUUUCUCUUUUGCGGCAAGAGAGGCCACCGCUGUUCGGGCUUCAGAUUUAUGACCCCAGAAAACAGCAAGGUGACAACGCUUGCCGCUUGAACAAUGGAGGCUGCGGAACGCUCUGUCUCGCCAUUCCUGGAGGGAGAGUUUGUGGCUGUGCUGAUAACCAGCAUAUGGAUGACAAUAAUUCAACUUGUGUGUUUAUCACUGAUGAAACCUCACCAAAGUUAUGCAGCUUGGAAGAAUUUCAGUGUAAAAACCAGCACUGCAUACAAGCUGGCUGGAAGUGCGACGGAGAGGACGACUGCCUGGAUGGAAGCGAUGAAAAUGUUGACGCCUGCUUGAACCACAGCUGUCCGGGAGAUCAAUUUAAGUGCCAGAGUAACCGCUGCAUUCCCAAGAGGUGGCUUUGUGAUGGCGCCAAUGAUUGCGGAAAUAAUGAAGAUGAAUUUAAUGAGACCUGCUCAGCCAGGACCUGUCAGCCUCACCAAUUUUCCUGCGCCAACGGCCGCUGUAUUUCCAAAUCAUGGCAGUGUGAUCAGGAGGAUGACUGUGGAGAUAGAUCUGAUGAAACCACGUCCUGC